UCUGAGUUGUAUCGGUUAUGACAGGCUGACAUACAGAGACUGACAGGGGAAGAGCUACAUCGUAAAGAAGAGAGAGCGACUGACAGAGAGGGAGAACAAAACCAAUCAAAAAACUCUUUCCUCUCUGCCACCCCUCCCUCCCUCUCUUUCUCUUAUUCUGUCUCUCUUUUUCUCCAUGCUCUCAUUGCUUUCGUGGAAGAGAGGAGACAGACAAGGACAGAGCCUUGAACUCAGAAGCUGUGAUGGACACCAAGGCAGUGUUUGCGGCCCUGUAUAGCGUGUGCGAAGAAAAUGCCACUUUCUUCUCGGGGGGAGCCAAGGGGUCGCAGGGUGAUGCGGCGCGGCGCUUGGUGGAUGCCAUGAACCUGAUCCAGGAGCACGCUCGCAGUCUGGAGCCUGUCAUCUCUGGCUUCGCUGCAGUUUACCAUCAUUUUGACUUUGACCCACACAUACCUGCAAAUGGCUAUCGUUCACUGGUCAAGGUGGUGCGUUGCUGCCUUCUCCACAUCAUCCACAAGGGGCGAUACAUUACUACUAACCGCCGCAGCAUCUUUUUCCGAGUGGCGCACAAUGCAGGGGAGAUGGAGGCGUACUGCAAUGCCUUGUGUCAGCUGCGUGCCCUGCUCUACUUGGCUCAGCGCAUGCUACAUGACAACAGCCACGGCAACCUUUUUUUCCAGGAUGAAAGUGGCCUCAGUGAGAGCUUUGUCCGUGAAUACUCAUCGAUGCACAAGGGGUGCUUCUAUGGCCGCUGCCUGGGCUUUCAGUUCACUCCAGCCAUCCGGCCCUGUCUCCAGACCAUCGCUAUCGGCCUUGUGGCCUUUGGAGAGAACUACAGGCGCCAUCAGUCAGGAAUAGGUGUAGCAGCCAGCUCUUUCUUUACUUCAGGGAAGUAUGCCAUCGACCCAGAGUUGAGAGGGGCCGAAUUUGAACGUAUCACCCAGAACCUGGACGUUCAUUUCUGGAAGACCUUCUGGAACAUCACGGAGACCGAGGUCCUGUCGAGUCUCGCAAGUAUGACGUCCACUCAAGUUAAGGUGAACCGGGCUCUUUCUGUGCCCCCUGUGCCCUUUGACCUUCCCCUGGCGGCCAACCACAGAGCAUCUGUAACUAUAGCUCCACCAUCAGCACACAUUGGCACUGCUCCGAUUCAGAUGAGGCUCAUCUCUUAUGACUUGCGUGAAGGACAGGACAGUGAAACUCUGCUAUCUCUCUCACGCUCUGAGGGAGGUGCUAUCUCUCUGUCACUCGGGUUGAAGACCAAGCGCCUCCCUUCUUCUCCCUGUUUACUGAUCCACUUCCAUGGAGGAGGCUUUGUGGCCCAGACCUCCAAGUCCCAUGAGCCCUAUCUGAAGAGUUGGUCCCAGGACCUUGGUGUCCCCAUCUUGUCAGUGGAUUACUCUCUGGCUCCUGAGGCCCCCUUCCCAAGGGCCUUGGAGGAGUGUUUCUACGCCUACUGUUGGGCUCUGAGAAACCACCACCUACUAGGAUGGACUGGAGAGAAAAUAUGUCUGGCUGGGGACAGCGCGGGAGGCAAUUUGUGUGUGACGACAUCGAUGCGCGCUGCUGCCUUUGGUGUGCGAAUGCCAGAUGGCAUCGUGGCAGCCUACCCGGCUACCCUGCUGACUGCCUACGCUUCACCCUCCCGUCUGCUAACACUUAUGGAUCCCCUGCUGCCACUCAGUGUGCUCUCCAGGUGUCUCAGCGCCUACGCAGGAAAUGAGCCACAGACUGAGAAGCAGGUAGAGAAAGUGAGCACACUGAGUUUGGUGAGGAGAGACACGGCGCUGCUGCUGAGAGAUUUCCGACAGGGAGCCUCCAACUGGAUCCACUCUCUGCUGGAUCCCAACAGAGCCUCGGCUUCCCCCAGCACAGCUGCAGAAGCGCCACCAGGAGCCACUGACGCAGUGAGAAAGAGCAUUUCAGAGGCGUCCAUUUCUUCUCCUCAUGCCGACCCCCCUGUACCCUCAGAGCCCUCAGAGUUCCCCACCAGGAAAUUAUCUGUGAAGAGCCAGACUUGCCAGGACUUGGGAUCCCACAACAGUUCCACUUCGCACAGUGCACCGCUGCUCUCUGAGCGUGCUCCAGAAGAUGUGAAUUUCUUCCUCUCCAAGGAUUCAGAUGCCUCUGUGUCCAGUGAUUUGUCUUCAGUGGCCAUACCACCCCCUACUGGAGAGGAGGGAUCAGAGCUGGAGCACCCCAGGGAGUUUCCCCUGGGGUUUGAGCCACUGCGCUCAGAGCAGCUGGCUGAGAUGAGGGUGCACAGCUCUCCAGUGGUCAAGGAUCCUUUCUGCUCUCCUCUGCUGGCACCUGAUAGCAUGCUGAAAGGCCUGCCACCUGUACAUAUAGUGGCUUGUGCAUUAGACCCCAUGCUGGAUGACUCUGUGAUGUUUGCCAAGCGUUUGAGAAACAUAGACCAGCCUGUCACUCUGUGUGUGGUGGACGACCUCCCCCAUGGCUUCCUCAGCCUAUCGCAACUCUCCAGGGAGACGAGGGAGGCUGCCAAUGUCUGUGUGGAGCGAAUUCGCACUGUCUUCACCCAGAAGGACACACCUCCGGAGCCACGCAAGCACAGAAAGCUGGAACGGACCGAUAGGGGCGUGUCGGCCUCUUCUGGGGAAGCCGCUUCUCUCUUCGUUGGCCCCAUUGAGGGAGGGGAGCUAGCUGUUGGGAGAGGGGCUAAAAUUGCUGAUGGGGAGGGCUUAGUUGCUGUGGCAGCCCAGAAUAACACUGACGCUGGUGGUAUUGGGGCUUAAAUAAGGUUAGAUAAAAAAGAAAGACUGCCGCUCACCCGAGGAGUGAAGAGAGAAAGGGUAAAUGAAAGUCAGACAAAUUUAGGCAGUGCACUGCCUAAAAGGGGGGAGAAAGAAAGUAUCGUAAAGACAGAAGAGGGGUAAGGGGGCAAUCUAGGAGAAUGCCCAGUUUUUGAAAGACAGAAAUGUAACUUCCUCUGCUUUACAAUUCUUGCCACUUGUCUGUGCACCACCAUGCACAGACGCGAAUUUGGCAGACAAAACGGACACACCCGCAAAAGACAGUCAUGUUUAAGAAUUAAAUGGUAAUUUUAGCUGCUACUUAGAUCAAAGCACACAUACUCAACAGAGUUGCAGGCUCGUACAUAAAGGAGCGCAGAAGAUUCUUGAAAUGUGGCCUGAAUGGGUGAUUCAUGUAUGCCAAGGCAGUCAUUUGAGGCCCUAAUCAGAUGUUGUUAGGCACACAAUAUGUUUCUGUCUUCCCUAUCAAAAUGGCCACUUGUCCUUUAGGGAGCCACUCUAAAUCACACUUAAUAACUCUGCAUUGUGUUCUCCAUUACAGCAGUUUGGCAGUCAAUACAGCUCACUUUGUGGAUAGUAACUCUGUUGACUCUCUCCCAAAUAGAAUUACAAAGUUAAAACACAACACACUGAAAGCCUCGUAACUGAGUAAAUUGAUGACUUGUAUCUUGAGAUUCUGUUGCAGUUUUUAAUCAUGUUAUUAACCCUAUGCACUAGUAGUACUUUGUGUUUAUAUUUUUAUAUAUAUAUAUAUAUAUAUAUAUAUAUAUAUAUAUAUAUAUUUUUUUUUUUUUUUUUUUUUUUUAAUCAUUGCUGUAGUAUAAAUGCAGAAUCUUGUUUGUUGAUUUGUGCACCAUAUUGUUUAUUUAAUGUAAUCUUGUUUAUUCCAUAUGUAUGAAUGUGCUUAAUAUUUACCUUUGCCUCUUCAGCCACAGCUGCUGCGACAUCCCAGGACUUUCCAAUUAAGCUGUCCUACUCUCAGUAAUGCGUACUGAUAGGAUGGAGUAAAUGGUAGAAUAUUACACAGGGACACAGUUAUCUGUCUAGAUGCUGCCUGGUGCUUUUUGUAGUGCUGAUAUUACUAAUGCAAAGAUUGCAUUUUGUUGAUUGCUACAGAGAAAAUUUGGGAAGAUGCAUUAUUUUCUGAACAUAAGUACAUUUUGAAAACUUGGGUCACAUCUUUACAAGUCAUUCAAGAGCCUCAUCAACGUCAUUGCUUUGCGAUGUCUGAAAUAGGCAAAAUAUAUUUAUUAUUAUUAUUUUAAGACUGGAAAUAUUUGCUUGACUCUCUCCCUCUGCAGAGCUGGAGUAAGAAAGCGAGGGGGCAGGAAAAAGCCCAGCCCACGGCUAUCAAUACAUAUUUUAAACCUCACUGCACUGAUUUCCUCUCAGGUUGUCCCCCGUUCCUCGCCAGGCAUUAUUGCUCACUACUUCUCUGCACAGUGUGCCGCAUGUCAAAGUACCACUCCUCUCAGGCCAGGGGAUUUCCUGCCCGACAACCUGUUUCCACAAAUCAGAGGCUUUUAGGUAAAGCUCGAGGAUUCUGACCAAGAAACGAGAUUGUAGGAGUGCUGUGUAAAAGCCAGUGAACUUGUAUUUGGCCAGAUAAAAGUGGCUGGCAGUCAAAAUUUUUUUUCUCACCACCAUCACAUUUGCGUUUGACUUUGUUUUUGAUAGCCUGAGAACACUCCUGAGCGUGAUGCCACCAAAGCACUUUUAAGUGCACAAAAAUGUCCUUCGGAGGGUCAGUCCCUCUAUCAGGUCCAACUAAAUAUAGAUGCCAACAAUGCUGGCGAUGUCCUACCCUUGCCUGGUAACAGUGCUGGGGUUGCCAGGUCUGUAGAGAGGGAUGCUGGGUGAUGAAUAGGAUUUAGCUGAAGCUCCGAGUGCAAAAUCCUCCCCCCUGUAGAAGAGCAGGAUUUUCAGCAGCAAAGUCAUGCUACAGGAUUAGACCAUGCUCAGUUUUGUCAGCUCGGAGUACUUACUGCAAUAUUUUUAGUCAGAUUGAUGGAGAGAACCAGGGCCGCGAAGAGGAAGAAAGUAAUACAGCCAUUCUCUCAGAGAUGCUGGGUUGAAGUUUGUACUUGCUUUACUAGCCGCUGUUUAUGCUCACUCUGCACUUUUGCAGUAGUUUGUCAAUCUCUUGAGCUUGUAUACAUGUCACUGUUGUUUUUUUUCCCCCUUCUUUGCUUGGUGCCUGUAUGCGUGGCUCAAGCAGAGUCUGCAUGUGCACAAUCACGUGAUCACACUUGUCUCCAUUGUGUGAGAAAUAUGAGCUCACACGUGGGCGCGUCCUCUUUGUUUGUGUCGUGUGUUCACAUAAAGACAGGAAGGGCACUUUACAGUCAAGACACUAUUCAUGGAAUUAAUCAUCUGUUCUUCAGACACACCUCUUUGGAGAAGUCAAACCUCUAUGGCACAAUGCUUUUUGUUUGUGAUAUACAACAACUUGACUUCUUCAUCAGUACUGAAAACUCCACCACCUAUGAAGCCCAGCAGGGCUGAUUGGUCAUUAGCACUUUGUAGUAUGAGUUAUGUGAGCUACAAGAAAAUGUUUUUUUUUUUUUUUUUUUUUAAAAAGAAGUGUGAAAUUCAUUCACUUGCUGUGUUUUGACCUUCACAUGCCUCUUACCCUUGAUGACCACUGAUGCAUCAGGCUAAGCUGAGUGCAAGUGAUGGACCAGAGAGCCCAUCUGGUGUUUUGGACAGAUGAGUUUGCAGAGAGUGAGUCAGUGUUGCCUUUAGGUCUCAUUAUUGUGGUUCCAUCCAUGCUUAUGUGCUGCCUGCAACUAUGAGCUGAAAUGUUUGAUUCAGUAUUGUUUCAAUUAGUGUUGCUGCUUCAUAGUAUGUAUGUGUGGAUAAUCCACAGAGCAUUUUUAGAAUCCCAAAUUGUCCUUGUGAGUUCAAACUAGAUUUUAGUGGUUGACUAUAAUAUUGUUUUUUUUUUUCUUUUUCUUUUUUGGUUGUUCAAUUAUCGAGUUGUUCAGCAUACCUCUGCAGUUUUACACUUCGAAAGCUCCUCUCACUUGACAUUUUCUUUGCUCCCAUGCUGAUUUUGGUGAAGUGCAAUGCAAAAUGCAAUGCUGCUACAAAGAUGAGCUAUUUGGUUCAACCAUUAGGUCAACAUUUACAGUAAAGCUAUGCAGUUACACACCAGCAUCACACCAUUUUUCUUGUCACAGUCUUUGUUUAAUUCUCUAGUGUUGUUCCAUGUUGUGCAAUGUGUUUGAAUCACCUCAAGGUUGGACUUCAUAGUUAGCAUAUCAACAUAUAUACAGCAAAACUUGUUUUAGAUUAGAAUUACCAAGAUUCCUUGAAGCUUAGUUAUUUGAUAAAUGCAUCAGUGUGUUAGACUGAUGUUGAAUACUUCUCAGAAAUGUUUCCUAAUGAGAAAUACUUAUUUAAUUGAUCCGUUAAAUAUCUUUCAUUUCUGGUUAGUUUUGAGCAGAACCAAAGGCUGUAGUCAGUCUUGUAACAGAUGUACUCUUUGCUGUUUAGUGUGUACUGUUAACUGGUAUCAUUGAAAAAUGCAGGUGCUAGUCAGUGUCGUAACCUGUCUGCACUCCAUAUGCAAAUUGCUGUGCUCUGUAAAAUGCAGUUCUGGUGUAGACUAUGAUUAGCCUUUGAAACAAAAACAAGCCAUAGACUGGAAACUGACUGGAAAGUUGUUUUAAGUUUACUUGAUUUUUACUUUUUUAAUUUUCUUUUAUUGAAAACACCACAAGUGCAAACCUGUGAAUGGAAAAAAAAGAAUGUAUAUUGAACACCAUAAGAUUCAUGUAGAUAUUUUUACUUUCAGAUUUGUUAAUCAAAUUGAUUGCAGAUUGACUGAGUUUUGACUGCAUUUUCUUUGCAGGUUUCAUACUAGGACAUUGUGUCUGAUAUGCCAUGAGUAGGCUGGUUUCUUCUUUUGUUGAUUUUUAUCUAAAUAAAUAUAUUCUCCCAUGAA